AUGCUGCAGGAGCUUCAUGCUGCGAUGGCUGCUUGGGCAGGAUGCCCUGGCAACAGCGAAGGCGUUUUUCUCCAACGGCCCAGUGAUUUUUUGCGGACUGCUGCGGAAGGCAUUUCAUCCCCACUUCGCGUGCCAAAGCAGCGACGCGCAACUCGGGUGAGGGCACUCGCGCAAAACCAAGCGUGGGCAGCCGCAGAUCCUGGGAAGUGGUUUGCCAAGCGGGACAUUCAGGCAGCGCUACCGCCUUGUGAGAAUGUGCGCGGCUUUUGCCUGGCACGAGCGGAAAGCCUUGACUCGGAACUGGCAACCUGCCUUUUCCUACACCAUGAACAGAAUCCGCUGUUCCUAGAGCAUGCUGUCUGCUGCAUAUACGCAGAUGACCUCGAGGUUGAAACCCUGAUUCAGCGUUGUGGCCAGCAUGCGCUUCCCGUCUUUUGGGGUCAAGGUGGAGGAGCGGUGAUGCAAGAGUACCUUGGUUCUUUCGAGAUCGUUGAGGUGCUGCGGUCAGACCACGCAUUGCACGAGGCUUCUGCUCUGUUCGAUCACUUGGACGGACUGCGCCGCCGAUCUCGCAGGCCAAUGAUUGGCCCCCAGCUACUGCAGAUGAAGCGGGUGGAGUUGGCUUCGCUGGG